AACCACUGGCAAUUAUCUUCGAGAGUUUUUGGAGAACAGGAGAAGUCCCAGAAGAUUGGAGGAGGGCGAAUGUGGUCCCUAUCUUCAAGAAGGGAAAAAAGAACGACCCAAACAAUGUCUCUGUAGAUGGCCGAUUCUCUCACACCAGAAUUGACUUGCAAUAUGUUCUCAAUUCACUUCUGACACGACAAAAAUGAUCUAUUAGCCAAAAACACAGUCUGGAAGUUGAGAAUAGCAAGGAUCUAUUAGAAAUUCUGCACAAUAAUGAGAACCUGCAGGGUAUUUAAUUACCCAAAAGCUGAAAUUCUGAGAGAGAAAGGAUUUUCUUUUGCUUUUCUACCCCUGAGCUUAAUGGCUGGAUUCUUCCUAUACCCCAUACUUUAUAUGGUUAAACUCCUCUUCCAGUCAAUGACCAAUACCUCCCUCCUCAGUUUUCUGUCCCAUGUACCCUAGCCAUCAAAAAUGGCUGCGGAGCAAAUCUCCCAAAUCCAUUCUACGAAGCCUUUACUUUUAAAGGCAGCACUUUUGCUCUGAGAUUCCUCUCCUUGUCUUUAGGGUUAUUGGAAAGAGGCUCAGGGCCUGAGAUCAAGACACAAGCACAUUCAAAAAGUAUUGAUUUCUGUUUAAAAUCCUACUUUAAAUAACCUUCAAAAGAAAAUAUUUGAAGAUUUUCUGAAUAGUGCUAGAGCACAAAAAAGUUUUACUCUGUUUCGAAUAUCAUUUCUUAAGAUAGAAUCCUCUGUCGCCCAGAACUCUUUAGCAGUCUGAAUACAAAAAAAAGGAGGUUUUUGCAUCACAAAUUAUAAUGCUUGCAUCAAUGCCCUACCAUAGGAAUUAAUCUCCUCCUACUUGCAUCCAGGUGGUGCUGGUUAGCUUUAUGGCUCUAAUUUAGGCCUAGUUUGAAUGGAAUCAUACUUAUUUUAGAACAGAGAGUUGCUCUGAAGUAAACACCAAUUCCACAAUGUCCUUACUUGUUGACUAAUUGUUCUGUCUGGUCGAAUGCCCUUCUGCGUUCCUUUGUCUAUAUAAAGUAACUUUGUUCCAUGCUGGGCAUUCUCAUAACACAGCUAGCAUGCUGUACAAUCAUAUUGUUCUCCCCAUCCUCUUUCUUAUAGGAUUUCUGGCCCCCUGCUUUGGACCACAGUAUGUCGAUCUCAGUUCAGUUCCUGUUUCUUACCCUCCAAAGUGCAAACUGAGAAGAAAAGUUGGACGUUGCAAAGGAAAGCUUGAACGGUAUUACUUUGACAUGGGAAGGAAGCGAUGCCUGCCUUUCACUUUUUCUGGCUGUGGAGGCAAUGAUAAUAGGUUUGUAACGCUGGUGGACUGUCUUCUCCACUGUGAAAACAUGGACCAAUUGCCAAGAAUAUGUUCAUUGCCGAAAUCCAUAGGAUGGUGCUCUUCAUCUGUUCGCCGUUUUUACUACGACACUGAAAUAAGAAUGUGUUUGCCGUUUAUUUAUAGAGGCUGCCUAGGCAAUAGCAAUAACUUUGAGUCAAUAAAAGAAUGCAGGAGGAAAUGUCAACAAUAUGGAUCUUGGCCGGAAGUGUGUACAUUGCAAAGAGACCCAGGCUCAUGCAUUGCGUCCAUUCCUCGUUAUUACUUCGACUUCAACAGCAAGAGGUGCCGGGUAUUCCAAUAUGGUGGUUGUGAGGGCAACAAUAACAACUUCGGAAGUCUGAGUGAUUGCAAUCAUAUCUGCACAGAGUUUAAAAGGUUCUGAACCACUUCCACUUCCAGCGCAUAAAGAACCCUUUGAGAACUUCAGUAGUUUGAGCUGAAGUGUCUGUCAUGGUUCUCGCGUCGAUUCAGAAAUAUGUUUUCCAAUAAACAUAUCUGUUCUGCAGCA